UGCAAUUAACCAACUCAAAUUUUCCCUAAAGGCAGCAAUGCUGGGAAAAUACCUUCACGAAACACAUGUUUAGUCAGUUCUCCCUGCUACCUCCUCCUAACUAAUGUUUUUCUCAGUACAGCCACUGGGACAUAAUCUACAAGAGCAGUCAUGAAGAAGUUAUUGCUUCUUCUUAUUUUUAUGGUGGCUGACGUCUUUGGAUGCGGCCUUCCAGCCUACCCCCCUGUGCUUGGUCGAGUGGUAGCAGGCUUGGACGUAAACCCACACAGUUGGCCCUGGCAGGUAUCCCUCCAGUCAGACAAAAGUGGGCCCUGGGAACAUGUGUGUGGAGGAACCCUUAUUGCACCUGAGUGGGUCGUAACUGCUGCACAUUGCAUCAAUGGUCGUAACAACUAUACAGUGGAAAUUGGUAUGCACAGUUUGAAGGCAAGUGAGGAAAGCUUGGUAUCUCGGGGGGCAGCCCGAAUCAUCACCCAUGAGGACUACAACAUGAUGCUGAGUCGUAAUGACAUUGCCCUUAUCAAGCUCUCCACCCCUGUGGACUUUUCGGACACAAUUAUGUCCUCCUGCCUUCCACAACGCAAUUCUACCCUCUCCAAUGGCACGGCAUGCUACAUAACUGGGUGGGGUCAGCUGUCCACUGAGGGUGUGAUGGCUGACAUCCUGCAGCAGGCUCUCCUGCCUGUGGUUGACCAUGAAACCUGCUCGCAGCCCGAUUGGUGGGGUGCCUUGAUGACCAACAAGAUGAUUUGUGCUGGUGGAGAUGGUGUCACAGCAGGCUGCAAUGGAGACUCUGGUGGUCCUCUAAAUUGCCAGAACCCUGAUGGAUCCUGGACCAUCCAUGGCGUGGUGAGCUUUGGUUCAGGUCAGGGCUGCAAUGUGUUCAAGAAGCCAACUGUAUUUACCAAAGUGAGCUCCUACCUAGAUCGGAUUGAAAAAGUAAUGAGCAACGACUGAUGCAGCGGUCCAAAGUUGAUUUUAUCAUCAGGACAAGUACAAAAUAAAAUGGUGUAAAUUUUGCAACAAUAAAAAACUCAAGGCGAAGUCAGG